AAGAAAAACGUCAACCAAGUUAAUUUGUAGCAACAACAAUUUCAUUUCAUUUUCUUUCAAUAUCAAUCCAUGGCAGAAUCAACAAAGAGGUACGCUGUUGUGACAGGGGCAAACAGAGGGAUUGGACUUGGAGUAGUUAAGCGAUUGGCUUCCGAGGGCAUCAUUGUGGUGUUAACAGCCAGAGACGAGACGAAGGGACUUGAAGCUGUGGAGAAACUCAAGGAGUUUGGUCACAAUAUUGUUUUUCAUCAACUUGAUGUGACAGACCCUGCCAGUGUUUCUUCUCUUGCUGAUUUUAUCAAAUCCCAAUUCGGAAAGCUUGAUAUCUUGGUGAACAACGCAGCGGCUGGUGGAGUUAAAUACCUUGGGGAUCCUAUGAAGUCCAAGGUCCCUACUGAGACACCGGAGAUGUGGGAAAUUAAUUGGAGUCUAGUUCUCGAAACUUACGAGUUAGCUGAAGAAUGCAUCGACACCAACUAUUACGGCCCCAAAAGAAUGAUUGAGGAACUUAUUCCCCUUCUCCAGUUAUCCGAUUUACCAAGGAUUGUUAAUGUUUCCUCCAUUGGAGGCAAACUAGAGUAUAUAACAAACAAAUGGGCUCUAGAAUUGCUCAAUGAUGUUGAAACCCUCACAGAAGAAAGAGUGGAAGAUGUGUUGAGGGAGUUCCAAAAGGAUUUUAAAGAUGGUUUACUUGAAAUCAAUGGUUGGCCUGUUGGAGGAUCUUCAUAUAAAGUUUCGAAAGCAGCUCUAAAUGCUUACACAAGAAUUAUGGCCAACAAGUAUCCAACUUUCUGUGUCAAUUGUGUCUGUCCUGGAGCUGUGAAGACUGAGACGUCCUUCCAUCCAGGCACACGAACUGUUGAAGAAGCUGCUGAAAGUCUUGUGAAAUUGGCAUUGCUGCCUAAGGGUGGCCCUUCUGGUCUCUUCUAUACAGAUAAAGGAGUUUCAACCUUUUAAUUAAGGGAAAUAUGAGAUGAAGAUUCAAUCUUAAUAUGCUUUUCAGUUGUCUAAGUUGUGAACAAGGUCUAUGACCAUGUAAUAGACUGCUUCAGCAAUCAUUGGCUUUAAUUAUGUUGUGAUAUCUUGCUUUGUUUUGAAUCCUAAUUAAACUAUAUUGGAAGAAUA